UAUGGAGUAUUUUGAAAAUGCGGCAUCGGUACUUUUACCUGAGUAAAAGAUCCGAGUACUUCCCCCACCGCAGAUUCCGCCCGUCACGAAAAGCGUUUUAAUUUGAAUUUUUUUUCCCGGAUGGAAAAAUGUUUUUAUUGUACCGCAUUGACAGCGGUUUAGCAAGUCAUUCAGAGAGACUUUGAGCCCCGGAUCGCACUUCACAGCAGAGUUCAGAAUUGCACUACAAUGUCUGCGGUGGCUUCUCUGCAGUAAGCACACAAAGGUUAUGCUGCCCAAAAGCUGUCUGAGUCCCAGUGAGAAAGAGAAGGGCUAAAGCCGCACUGAUCCAAACCAGCUUUCCAGAUCCUCUCCAGCAGCGACUCCACUGCGGAGCCAUGAGCAACCCCAGCGCUCCAAAACAGAUUACAGAAGCCGUGGCAGCGGUUAUUCACAGUCCAGAGGCUCCUGCUGCCUCAUCGCUACAAGGGACUCCGCGCUCAGAAGAAGAGGAUGAUGGGGACCUGAACAAAGCUUUGGGCGUCCAGCGCUUCCAGCAGAUCCUCAGCCCUGCUCCUGUCGUUCCCGAUGAGCAGCACCACAACUACCAUGAGGAGGACAUCGAAUACCACCGUCAUUCCUCUCACCACAUCCACCGACCUCUCUCCAAACUGCCCCCCGAGGGACGCAGGAAGAAGAGCAACAAGAAAAGGAAGAAGGACAAAGAUCACAAAAGCAGCCAUGUUCCCAGCAGUUGCCCCAUAGAGGAAGGAGAAGAUGAAGAGGAAGAGGAGGAAGAGGGGACGGAGACAACUUCUGCUCCGUCUGACUCAGAGAGAGUCAAAGAUGUGGAGUUCUUUGUUUCCGAUGAAGACCAUGUGGCCAAACAAGGCACAGAGAGCCCUCAGUCAGCCCGAGAGCUCGAUAUUGUACCACAGUCUGGUGUAGGAGUGGAUACUGAAGAUGCAACUUCCACAGAUAAGGCGGUCUCAUCCGACACUUCCAGCGCCUCUCCCCAGUCAGUGCCGCCUGAACACAUACCGCUGGCCCGCGUGUCAUCCGCCAGCCGCAGCUACGACCUGCAGGAGCGCCGGCGUACGGGCAACAUGACGGGCGCUGAGCAGGCCAAGUACCAACGUAUCCCCACUGAUGAGAGCGAGGCUCAGACACUGGCCUCCGCUGACCUGGACGGCAUCAAGAGUCAUCGCUUUGAAGAUGUUCCCGGAGUGCGCCGACACCUGGUCAGAAAGAGCACCAAGGGGCAAGUGGUGCACACUGGUAAAGACCACAAAGAGCCAACCACUCGCAGCCGCAAGCAGGACCGAACCCCACAUGAGUCGUUACCGGUGGUUCUGUACCGCUCUGUCUCGCGGCCAGAGGGCGUCCUGCUGGACAUGGACUCCGGUCAUAUGGCUCGGUACCAGAAGGUGUUCGUGGAGCUGAAUGAGCUGACCAUGGACAAGAACCAGGAGAUGCAGUGGAAGGAAACGGCUCGUUGGAUCAAGUUUGAGGAAGAUGUGGAGGAGGAGACGGACCGCUGGGGGAAACCGCACGUGGCUUCUCUGUCUUUCCGCAGUUUGCUGGAGCUCAGAAAGACCAUCUCACACGGUGCAGUGCUUCUGGACCUGGACCAAAAGACCCUGCCUGGCAUCGCCCACCAGGUGGUGGAGCAGAUGAUCAUCUCUGACCAGAUCAAAGCUGAGGAUCGAGCCAAUGUCCUGAGGGCCCUCCUGCUUAAACACAGUCACCCGAGCGAUGAGAAAGAGCACAGUAGCCCUUUCCCCAGGAACAUCUCCGCAGCCAGCCUCGGCAGUCUGAUAACACACCACCACAGUGGCAACCACACCCAUCAGCCAGAGCCGUCUGUCACCGACCCGCUCAUGGGCACCGUCCACGCUGCGGGGGAGACAGAGACGCGCAUCGACGUGGAGAAGAACGAGGUACAGCAGAAGGAGCCGACCUUGAUGCCCGGUAUGCAUCGGUCAAAGUCCAAACAUGAGCUGAAGCUGCUGGAGAAGAUUCCUGAAAACGCAGAGGCCACAGUUGUCCUUGUGGGCAGUGUGGACUUCCUGGAGCAGCCCACCAUGGCGUUUGUACGGCUGCAGGAGGCGGUGGAGCUGGAGUCUGUCCUAGAGGUCCCUGUGCCGGUGAGGUUCCUCUUUGUUCUGCUGGGACCCCCCACCACCAGCAUGGACUACCACCAGAUAGGACGCUCCAUCUCCACCUUAAUGUCUGACAAGCAAUUCCAUGAGGCAGCCUACCUGGCGGACGACCGGCAGGACUUGCUGAACGCCAUCAACAGCUUCCUGGACUGCAGCAUCGUGCUGCCACCCUCGGAAAUGGGCGGUGAUGAGCUGCUGCGCUCUGUAGCUCGCUUCCAGAGGGAGAUGCUGCGCAAGAGGGAGGAGCAGGAGGUCAAGCUGUUGGCCAAAGAGCCAAAAAGCCUUGAAGAAAAAGAGGCCCUCCUUACACCUUUGAAAAAGUCAGACGACCCUUUAGAGCGCACAGGACGCCCCUUUGGCGGGCUGAUACAAGACGUGCGGCGACGUUACCCAAAGUACGUCAGCGACUUCAAGGACGCCCUGAACAGUCAGUGCAUGGCUGCGGUUAUCUUUAUCUACUUUGCUGCCCUCUCUCCAGCCAUAACCUUCGGAGGCCUACUGGGUGAGAAGACGGACGGUCUAAUUGGUGUUUCUGAGCUGAUCGUGUCGACAGCAGUGCAGGGUGUGAUCUUCUGCUUACUUGGAGCUCAGCCACUGCUGGUUGUGGGCUUUUCCGGGCCCCUGCUAGUUUUUGAGGAAGCCUUUUACAGUUUCUGCAAAGCGAAUGAGAUUGAGUACCUAACUGGUCGCGUCUGGAUCGGGUUUUGGCUCAUCAUCAUCGUGAUCGUCACAGUGGCCUUCGAGGGCAGCUUUCUGGUCCGCUUCGUCUCCCGCUUCACCCAAGAGAUCUUCUCCUUCCUCAUCUCCCUCAUCUUCAUCUGCGAGACCUUCAUCAAGCUUGGCAGGAUUUUCAAGGAGCACCCCCUGAAACGCUGCUCCCUUGACAACAGCACAGACGGGGGCAUCUCCACAGAAAAUAUCACCCUCGUGCUGAACAACAGCUCCCUGCCUGUGACGUUGAAGGUCCAAGGCGAGCCCAACACUGCACUGCUCUCCCUGGUCCUCAUGGCUGGAACGUUUUUCAUUGCUUUCUACCUGCGCAAGUUCAAGAACAGUGCGUUCUUCCCUGGAAGGUUUCGCAGGAUUAUUGGAGAUUUUGGGGUGCCAAUUGCCAUCCUCAUCAUGGUCCUGGUGGAUUACUGUAUAGAAGACACAUACACACAGAAACUGAGUGUUCCCAAAGGUUUUUCUGUGACGAGUCCCAACAAACGGGGCUGGAUCAUCAGUCCUCUAGGUACGGACGGUGAAUUCCCCAUCUGGAUGAUGUUUGCCUGCUGUUUGCCUGCUCUGCUGGUUUUCAUCCUCAUCUUCAUGGAGACACAGAUCACCACCCUGAUAGUGAGUAAGAAGGAGCGGAUGCUGGUGAAGGGUUCUGGUUUCCAUCUGGACCUGCUGCUGAUCGUGGUGCUGGGGGGCAGCUCGGCUUUGUUCGGACUGCCGUGGAUGGCCGCUGCAACCGUCCGCUCAGUGACCCACGUCAAUGCCCUCACUGUCAUGAGCAAGGCUGUCGCCCCCGGAGACAAGCCUCGCAUCCAGGAGGUGAAGGAGCAGAGGGUCACUGGGCUCCUGGUCGCCAUCAUGGUUGGCCUGUCCAUUGUAAUAAGUGACCUGUUGCGUCAGAUCCCCCUGGCUGUGCUGUUUGGUAUCUUCCUCUACAUGGGUGUGAUGUCUCUCAAUGGCAUCCAGCUAACAGAGCGGAUGAUGCUGCUGCUUAUGCCACCAAAGUAUCACCCUGACCACACCUACGUGCGCAAGGUCCGUACGCUGCGCAUGCAUCUGUUCACCUGCAUCCAGGUGGUGUGUUUGGCGGUUCUGUGGGCUGUUAUGUCAACACAGGCGUCUCUGGCUUUCCCCUUCGUCCUCAUACUCACCGUUCCGGUCAAGAUGUUCCUGCUAAGCCGCAUCUUCACCGUCAGAGAGAUGGCAUGUUUGGAUGCGGACGACGCAGAACCAAAGUUUGAUGAGCGCGAGUGUCAUGAUGAGUACUCGGAGAUGCACAUGCCUGUGUAACCCACGACGGGUCCUCAUAUCACCACUUAACUCGUAACUCCUGACUCGUAGUGGGCGCCAAAAUCUGUCAAUCACAACCACUGACAUCUGGGAUGUAGCGAUGGAGUCCCUCCAACUUGAAACACUCACAGAGAAGUUUGAUGCCACAUCACUCCGCACCACUGGCCCCUCUUCAUCAUCAAGACAUGAACAUACAGUACGUCGGAGGUGUGGUUGGUUGUUACUUGGGUCAACCUUUUCACUAUUUAAGUAGCUUUUCAUCAGAUUGUUGGAGGCUUUUCGGGAGGUUAACAGCACUUUGUGGCACAAACAAAGAAAUCCUACUGAGGAGCUCAAACUGUCGUUAGUGUGUGUUCACUCAUGAUAUACUUUUUUAAAACAUAUAUUUCAGGGGACGAGAGAUUCCAAAUCAAAUGAUAUGAUCUCAAGCUCAAAAUUAAAUGUGAUAACAGUAGAUAGAUAUGCAAGACUGAUUCAUUUUUAGCCCUGAAAGGUUGCUCUGAUUCACAUUGAAUAUGUGGAGGAUAUAUGGGAUACAUUCCUUUAUAUUAUCAUGCUAUAGUUUUUGCUAUUCUACUUUUUUUUAAAUUCGCUUUUUUCAUGUUUUAAGCUCACCAAACGCCUUAUGAAGGAAAUGAGAAGAUAUACUGAGGUAUUUUUUUUCCUCAUUCUGUCUUAUUUUAGACAGCUGAUCACUUUACCCGCCUCCUGAAGCUUGUAGCACUUUUUUUUAGACACCAAAUCAGAACAAUGACUGAAUUUUAUGUAAUCAUUUUAUCUCCUUAGCAUCCUCUUAAAUCCCUUAAAUAUCAGUAAUGCUUUAGUUUGCUUCUUAAAUGACUAUAUCUGAUUGAUUUUUAGCCUGUCCUUCUUUAACCAUUAAUUUUCUUGGUACUCAAAUGCAGCAGUUUAGGCAAUAGUUGGGCUUUUAUGUCAACUUCUGUUCCUGUAGUGAAGUAAGGUCGCCAGCAGAGGGCGAUAUUGCAGGACUGUGAUGAUUAUGAUGUACCAAAAAAAA